AUGGAUGAUAAGAUUGAUUUCACCGACAAAUGCGAUACCGAAGACUGUGGCUUGGGUAUUGUUGAGAUGGACGACAAGACCUUGCUACGCAAGGUUGACUGGCACCUCCUGCCCAUUAUGUUCCUGACCUACUUUUUACAGAUGAUUGACAAGAUUUCCAUCAAUUAUGCAAAUGUUAUGGGUCUCCAGGACGAUCUGCAUAUGACCGGGAAUGAUUUCCCCUGGCUCGCAACGGCCUUUUUUAUUGCAUAUGCCGUGGCAGAGAUACCCCAGGGCGCUCUCCUCCAGCGAUUCUCUGUAACGAAAGUGCUUGGAGCAAAUGUGUUCUGCUGGGGAAUCAUUCUGUGUUGCUCUUCCGCCGCCAAGAAUUUCUCUCACAUGCUCGCCUUGCGAAUUCUGCUAGGCUUGAUGGAAGCUGUGAUAGCACCCUCUCUCACAAUGUACACAAGCAUGUGGUACACGCGUGCAGAAUCAACACCACGAUACGGACUCUGGUACUGCGGGUUGGGCGUCGGACAGAUUGUUGGAGCUCUCAUCUCCUUCGGUGCCCAACAUGCCCCUACCAGUAUGUCAUUUGGCGGCUGGCGCAUCAUGUUUGUGGUAAUUGGUGUAGUCAACAUCUUGGUUUCUCUACUUGUGAUUUUUGUUCUACCCGACAAUCCGGAAAAGGCCAAGUUCCUUACAGAGACAGAGAAACAACGAAUUGGCCAACGACUAACAGAUGACCAGUCUGGGGUUGGGUCCAAAGUUUUCAGAUGGCGGUCGGUUCUCGAGGCGUUCGGGGAUCUCCAGACUUGGCUUCUUGUCUUGCUCACUAUUCUUAUAACAAUUCCAAGCGGCGUGAUCACAACAUUCUCCGCAAUCUUGAUCAAAGGAUUCGGAUACAGCUCAAAGGAAAGUGCACUUCUCAAUAUGCCCUCUGGAAUCGUGAGUAUUGUGGCAACUAUGGUUUCUACGUUCGCGAUUUCAAGGGGGUUUUCGCGCUGGCUAGCCAUUGACUUGCUAUUGAUUCCGACAUUACUAGGAUCUUGCUUGAUGUCAUUUCUUCCGCCCGACAAUCAAACUGGCUGUCUAGUGGGAAUCUAUCUGGUGAACACGACGGUCGCUCCCUUGGCAUUGAUUUAUGCAUGGACUGGGGCCAAUUACAAGGGCUACACUAUGAAGGUUUCUGGUGCCGCAAUUGUGUCUGCUGGCUUUAGUAUUGCGAACAUUAUUGGGCCGCAAACUUUUCAAGCCAAGGAUGCUCCGCAGUAUAUACCGGCAAAGAUAACAAUCGUUGCCAUUAAUGCUGCGGCAAUUGUAGUGUCAACUGCCCUGCGCAUCAUGUAUGGAAGACGCAACACCGCUGCAGAUCGAUUGGGCACUCCAGCGCGUAGUCUUGUUGAAACACGACUGGCUGGGAAGAGAGGUGUUCAAGAUGUUUAUCCUGAUGAGAAUUUCCGCUACGUGUAUUGA